AUGCUAGGAUUUGGUGAACAGACAGAAAAUUAUACUCACAUUCGUGACAACUUGAAAGCUGAAACUCCACUAUUGAAUAAUGCAAAGCGCAAACUAGGAUUAAGAGAUUUGAACAUUCAGCAGCAUGUUCAUCUGCAGUCAGAAAUAAUGCGACCCUCUAAAACUCUAGUUCCCGAAAACGUAUAUAAGGAAGCAUGUGAGAAAUUCUGUGCAUAUGAAGACAAAGAUGACUACGGUGAUUUAUGCACUCGCCUUGAUAAUAUAAACUCACUUGUGGAUGGUGUGAUUUCUCUUUCCUGCAUGAGUCAUUCUUCAGAUUUCAUUGGAUUUUCAAUGAAUGACGAUGGUGAUGAAUUUGAUCCAUCAGAUUUCGAAAUACCGGAUUCUGAAUUCAACACAAUGUUCUGUUGUCUUGGCUAGAAAGUUAUUAUGUCGAUUUAAUUCGUUCUCAGAAAUGCUUUAGAUACAAGUAUCUCACUAUUGAGUGUCAACUCCAGUUUGUUCCCAUUCAGCCUAUUUUUUGUACCAUUUACGUUUAUGUACCAUUUUAACCUGUCAGGUUGCAGCGGUAGAUAUUGUAAGCUGGAACGUCAAUUAAAUUCUCUUUAAUGUGCUGUAUAAUCUUCUUGGCUUUAUGAAUAUCGGGUGGUAAGUGAGGCACUUAAGUAUUCUACACACAAGUCAAUAUUGCACUAUGAAACCGCUUCACUUUUGUUGAUUAAAAGAUUCGUCAAUCUUGAUUUUAGUCCUUUUGAUAUUUCGUUCUAUAGAAGGAUCCGUGCGUGUAUUUGCGUUAUCUGCAACCAGUGUUUUACGUUAUUUGAAGUUUGGCUGUUGGAUAGUUUGUAAGAUUGUUCUCUGUUUAACCCAAGGUCACAUUCAAGUUAUAUUCCGAAUAGGAGUCUGAUGUCAACUGCUCUCAACAGAAGCCGUAUCUGGAAUGGAAAACAAACUCAGUGUUGGUAAAAAAUCUCUUACACAACACAGGCGUCAAUAUAGUGGCUCGUGAAACUAUGCGAAUGCCAGUUUAAGGGGUUUCUAAUUCUUCCUUGUGUUACAUUGCUGAUUUAGUUAUCUCUUACGAAGCACCUUAAUGGUACUUUUGAGAGACAUGACUAGGUCCCUAUCUUUUACUAUAAGGAUUCAACAAAUGACUUUUGCUUACAAGCAGCAGUAAACGUG